AUGUUGAGCAUGUCACUCGGCGCCGCGCUGACGCUGGGCCUGCUGAGCAGUGCCGCGGCGCAGGCGCCGGUCCUCCCCAACGCCAACCUCGACUUCAACCUGACGCUUCCUCCCGGCUCGAUUCUGGGUACAACCCGCGCGUGGAUCAUCGAGUAUGCCAACACAACCACGUUUGACAACAAUGCGACGCUGGGCUCGGGUCCGACCCGCAUGGUCUGGAACCACAGCUUCGACUACCACGAUGUGUUCGGGCAGGCCAAGAUUCUGCUCGAGGGCGUGGUUCGGAAUGCCUACGUCUAUGGCGACAUGGGUCACAAUGAGCAGCCGCAGAAUGUGACGUUCUGGGAGACAGACAUUACCGAGGUCAAGAAUCAAGUUGAGCCGCCUGAGGAUGGGAAGGGUCUGCUUGGGAAGGUGGAGGGUCUCGAUGCGUUCAGGAGGAGCAAGAUUGAUCCGUAUGGGAGUUACAACUGGCUAUGGGCGGUCAUAGAUCAGGAUUGGGGCAAGCGGCCGGGAAAACCGAUCAUCGAUGAGGUUAUCGUGACCACGGCGAUCGAGAGUGGCGCCAAAUCCAUUGACGAACUGAACAAGACGACGCUGCCCUUCGCGACCGCCGGAAAACUGAGUGACCAUCCCGCCUUCUACUUCAGGACAUGGGACGCGGACUCCAAUGACACCUGGGUCACGACCUCGACCUACGCCCAACGGCAGCGGGAUGGUUCCUCUCCUAUCUUCGCCGCGCUGUCUCGCGAAUGCGAAGCCGCCGCCUCGCCCCUAGGGGGCGAAGCAGGCGGCGCCGUCUGGGUCGAUGUCCCAGCCAAUACGAGCUUCAUCGUCGUCAACGGAAGCCGCGGGCCCGACUUUGGAUUCAUGAACGUCGGUGGCACGCCGAUCGACGGAUACGUUCCCAUCCAGACCGACACUGAGCAAGCGACGUACUCCGCCGACCAGAUGAUUUGGUGGCGCUCCCUCAGCCCUCAGGUCAAAUACAACAUCUCGCUCGGGUGUAAUGGAACUCCGCAGCGGCCGCUGUUCCUCACCUCGGUCACUUUCUACAAGGACAUGCCGCCGGAACCGAAGAAGAACCACACCGGCGCCAUCGUUGGCGGCGUCGUUGGCGGUGUCGGAGGUCUACUCCUUAUUCUCGGUGUGUUGGCAUGGUGGCUUCGGAGGAAAAAGAGGAGGGAGCAUCAAAAGAUGCAGGACGAAGAGGACAAAUUCGAGAUUGACGGACCUGUGACGCCGUUCGAGGACCCGCGGCCGCCGCCAUUGCGCAAGGUCGAGGGCGACCCAGCGGCUGAGGCAGUUCGGCGCCAGGCGGAAGAGCGACAGGCUCGCGAGGCGCGCGAGAUCCGUGAAGUCGAGCGAGAGAGGGAACGGCAAAUCUCCUCAACGUCUGGAGGGAGUGGAUCCGCCACACCACCAUCUCUGAAGCAGCAAACCCUCCAGGCUCUCGACACGUAUGAUCGAUACUCGCCCAGUUCGCCGCAUGGCCCCGCGACGCCGAUCACGGGCCCGAAUACGCCGCUGACGGGCUAUCCCUCUUUCAUGCUCGGUACGCCGAUCACGGGGCAGAGUCACGCCAAUCUCCUUCCGGCACCGCCAGCGAACGGGGCGCUCCUCGCUAUUCCCGAGACGCCCGUUGAUGGGACACUGAUGGCGUCGCCCACGACGCCGACGAGGACGCGGCCGAGAGCCAUAGACGUCGGAGCAGUCGACGACGGAAGCGACGAGGACGCAAUGGACCCGCCGGCGUACAACCCGGAGUGGACGCGGCCUCGCACUCGGCCCCAGAGGCCGAGGAUCGUCGUGCCGCAGAGCAAGACGCCGAGCUCGACCAUGACCCCGGGGUCGUGA